AUGCUGAAGGUCUUCUUCACCACGCCUCACAUGCAGGAGAACCCUCGAUACGUCCUCUUUGUUCACAUGCUCAUCAAUGACACUUUGUUUAUCAUCAUCACAAAUUACAUUGUAGUGGAUUCCAUGUAUUCGGUAUACUUCCCUAUAAUCAUCUGUUUCAUCAUUCAAAGCUACGCGGGCAGUUUCUUUCUAGCGACCCCAUACAACCUGGCCGUCAUGUCUCUAGAACGUUACAUAGCCAUAUGUUUCCCAUUGAGACACUUACAGUUGUGUACACCAAAGAGAGCUAAAUAUGCAAUUGCUGUGAUCUGGGUCAUAGGGUUGUCUAUAAGUACUGCAAACUUCAUUACCUUGACCUACUUCGCAGAAAGAUCCUCCUUUUUCCUUUAUGAUAUGUGUGAUGCUAUAAAGGUGGUAAGUCCCAUACAAAACUUGGUCAGGAGCGUCUCCGAUAUCCUCAGCUUUGCUGGGGUGGCCUUGAUCAUUGUAUUCACCUACAUUAAUGUCAUGCUAGUUGCUAGGAGGAUCGGUUCGGGUCGUUCUUCGGCCAUUAAAGCUGGAACAACUGUUAUGCUCCAUGCCUUCCAACUCCUAUUAUGCCUGUGCGCCUUCAUUGCCAACGUAAGCGAGACCUAUGUACAGAGUUACACAUAUUACUUGCUCGUUUUGAACUAUGUUUUGUUCAUGUCUUUGCCCAGAUUACUCAGUCCACUUAUCUAUGGGGUAAGAGAUGAAGUUUUUCAAAAACAUAUAAGGAAAUAUUGCACAAUAUCUUGUACAUCGGACAAGCUCAAAGCUGUCACGUUCUUGUGUGAGAUCUCCUAA